GCAAUGAUUUGCAUCUUUUUCUGAUUUUUUUUUUGGCAGUAUCUGCAGGUUUCAUCUGCCCAUGGUCAUCUUAGUUUGGAGAUUUUCCUAACAUUUUCUGAACCUCCCAAAUGAAGGAACUUCUUUUUAUUUAACAGGAAAUAGUCUGUUAUAGGUGGCUUAAUUGUAUAUCUGCAGUAUGGACCCACUCAGCACAGGGGAGGCUUCAGAAUGUACACUGUUUUAACCACAUGUACUAUUGCAAUAAGAGGGCAUGGCUCUGCCGGUUCUGAUGAUCCAAGCUUGAGGGACCACAUCUAUUGAGGGCAUUUUUGCUGGUGAUUCUGCUGGACUCUGCAGAAUCCAAAGGUGGUGGAGGGUGUUAUAUAGUGAGACAAAGCAAGCUUCCAGAGUUAAUGUUUUCAGUCACUUGCAAGAAGAUAUAAGCAGUAUGAGUUGGCACUUCUUUCAGGAAGUUGGUGUUUGAAGAGAAAGGGAACUGCACUGUCUAGAGUUUUUGUUAUUUUGAUAAAGAAGGGCCUGGAGUAUGUAUUCCAGUGGGUUGGGUUCCAACAGAGAGGGAGAGGUUGAGAAAACCAGAAAGAAAGAAGUAUAUGGAUUGAGUGAGGUUUCUAAUUAUGUGGAAGGUGACAGGAGCCAGAGCACAGAUGGAGAGCCUUCAGUAAGAGGAAAGACUUAUAUUCCAUUUUACCAGAAGGAAUGGAAGAGAUGCCCACUCCUGGCCCUGUCAGUAACAAGAGGAUGGUUCACUUCUCCCCAGACUCCCAUUGCCAUGACCAUUGGUUUAACCCUGGGGCUAGGACAGAGCAUGGCCAGCAUCAGCUUCUGAGAGAUACCCGAGCUGAAAGAGGACACAAGAAAAACUGUUCUGUGAAAACAGCCAGCAGGCAAACAAGCAUGCAUUUAGGAUCCUUAUGUACAGGAGACAUCAAAAGAAGAAGAAAAGCUGCACCUUUGCCUGGACCUACUACAGCAG